AUGAUUAAUCCAGCUUUCGAAGCAGAAUCAAACGAUAUUAAUACUGAUGUGUCAUACAUCACUGAUUAUAUAGCUGAUCAACAGUCUUCAUUUAAAGAUAUCAAUAGUGAUUCUAAAAAAUUUCAUUUGAAUGAAAUUUCUAUGCCAACUGAAUGCAAAAUCGAUCAGUUUAAUGACAAUCAUGUUUAUGAUGAUAAUGAGUUAAGUAAUGAUGCCCAAGGCGAGAAAUUUGAAGAAUUAGACGAUAUUAAUACAGUUCAACAAAUACAGACUAAUAUGGCUGUUCCUUCGGGUGUAGCUGAAAUGAUUCAACGAACAUCCGUUUAUCUUAGACGGUUUUUUCAUAAAUCAGAGAAGCCUAAGAAAUCUCAAGUUCAUCGUUUGAAACUAUGUGAAAUUUAUAGAUUUGCUGAUAAAUUGGAUGUUUUCUUGAUGAUUAUUGGUACAAUAGCUGCAAUAAUAGCUGGUGCACUUUUGCCACUGAUGCUAUAUCUUUAUGAAAGAGUAUUAGAUAGUCUUGUUGAUAUGGAAAGAUUGCAGACAAUUGUUAAUGCUUCUAUUUUCAUGAACAAUAGUUUCGGUGAAUGUUUUGUUGUACCAGGCAAUAAUACUGAGACUCAAUCACCUUAUGAUGCUAUAGUUGGGAUGAUAAAUUAUUUUGCCCUUCUUGGAUCUCUUAGCAUUCUUUGUUACUGGAUCGCUUGGGCAAGUUGGAUUAUAGCUGCUGAAAGACAAGUUCGACGUAUCCGUUAUGCUCUUUUUCGAAAUAUCCUACGACAAGAAAUUGGUUGGUUUGAUGUACAUAAUACAGGUGAAUUGAGUAAUCGUCUUAUCAGAGAUUUAGAUACUAUCAAAGAUGGAAUAAAUGAUAACAUGGCGGAUUUGAUUACUCUCCUUGCUCGCAUAUUAAGUACACUAAUCUAUAUUCUUGUAAUAGGAUGGAAAUUAACACUUGUUUCUUUAUCAUUGUUACCGCUAAUGAUUUUUGCUUUCAAGAUGAUAAUUAAAACCACUGUGAACUAUACAAGUAAAGAAAUUCAAGCUUUUGCAUCAGCAUCAUCAAUUUCUCAAGAAGUAUUACAAAACGUUCGAACAGUCACAACAUUUCAUGGUCAAGCAAAAGAAGAAGAAAGAUUUGCUAAGAAUUUAAUUGUAGCAAAAAACAUUGGAAUUAAAAAAGCUCUAUAUGUGGGAAUAUGGCUAGGUCUUGCAUACAUUUGUGCUUAUGUAUCACAUACAUUGACAUUUUGGUAUGGUUCACAACUUGUUCGGACUGAUUGUACAAAUUACUCAGCUGGUAUAGUCAUGGUGGUGUUCAUGGGAUGUAUGUAUGCAUCAAGCUAUACGGCAUACCUUACUCCAAAUAUUCAACAUUUUGCAGAAGCCUUGACCAGUGGAAGUUAUGUAUUCGACAUAAUCGAUCGACAAACAAAGAUUGAUGUAUCGAGUGAUGAAGGUGAUAAGCCACAAAAUAUGAUUGGUGAUAUUGAAUUUAACAAUGUUACUUUUACUUAUCCUGCACGACAAGAAACUCCUAUUCUCAAUAAACUAUCAUUGAAAAUUUUAUCUGGUAAAACUGUUGCUUUAGUCGGAGCAUCAGGAUGUGGAAAAAGUACAAUAAUUCAGUUGAUUCAACGAUUCUAUGAUUCAGAUGAAGGUCAAAUUUUAUUAGAUGGAAAAGAUAUUAAAACAUUAAAUGUUUCUUGGCUUCGUUCACAUAUUGGAAUUGUUAGUCAAGAACCUGUUCUUUUCACUGGAUCUAUUGAAGAUAAUAUUCGUUUUGGAAAACUAAAUGCAACUGAUGAUGAAGUUCAAACUGCUGCUAAAAAGGCAAAUGCACAUGAUUUUAUCAUGGAAUUUCCAGAGAACUAUAAGACAUUAUCAGGUGAUAAACUAAGUGGUGGUCAAAAACAACGAGUGGCUAUUGCUCGAGCAUUAGUUUCAAAUCCCAAGAUUCUUCUUUUAGAUGAAGCAACAAGUGCACUUGAUAAUACAAGUGAACGUAUUGUUCAAGAUGCAUUAGAUAAAGCAAAACAAGGUCGAACAACAAUUGUGAUUGCUCAUCGUUUAAGUACAAUACGAAAUGCUGACUUGAUAAUUGGAUUAGAACAUGGUCGAGUGAUUGAAUAUGGAAUUCAUGAUGAUUUAAUGAAACACAAAGGUCUUUAUUAUGAAUUAGUAAUAACUCAAACUCAAAAAGAAGAACAAGCUGAUCUAGACAGUGAUCAAGAAGAUGAUAAAAUGGAAGAAGAAUUUGUUCGACAAAGAUUAGCAAAUUGUAAUCUUUCAAAACAAUCUGACAUCGUGAUUGACGAUUUGGAUAAAAAUGUUGAGAACAAUGAGGAGACAAUAUUCGAUGAUCCUUCGAAGAAAAAAAAGGAACGUUUUCGUACUUCGUUAGCAUUAACAAUUUUGAAACUCAAUGCUCCAGAAUGGCUUUGGCUUCUUCUGGGUGGAAUUUUUUCUCUUAUUUCUGGUGCUACCCAACCACUUUUUGCAUUGUUUCUUGCCAAAAUCUUUAGUUUAUUUGUUGAACCAAAUCUUGAAGAACAAAAACGUUUAAUAAACAUUUAUGCUGCAUGUACUUUUCUUACUGGCCUUGUUGCAGCAGUAACUCAGCUUCUUAUUAAUGUUGGAUUUGCUAAAUCAGGUGAAGAGUUAACUAUGCGUAUGCGAAAAUUAAUAUUUUCUGCGAUACUUCGACAAGAAAUGAGUUAUUUCGAUUAUGAAACGAAUUCAUCUGGGGCUCUUAUCACACGUCUAUCAAUUGAUGCAUCUUCUUUAAAGGGCAUGACUGGCGCUCGUAUUGGCACCAUACUUCAAGCAUUAAGUGCUACAAUAACGUGUCUUGCUGUUGCAUUUUCAGUUGGCUGGAAAUUAGCAUUUGUUGUUAUCUGCUUUGUUCCUCCGAUAUUGUUCGGUGGAAUAGUUCAAGGUAGAAAACAAAACAAUAUAGCUAAAUCGAAAGAUAAAAGCUCAUUCACUGAACAAGGUGGACAGUAUGCUACACAAGCUAUAGAACAUAUUCGUACGGUCGUUGCUAUUCAUCAAGAAAAACAUUUUAUAGAUCUUUAUGAGAAUGUAUUCAACCAAGAAUUCAAAAAACAAAUGUGUCAUUUACAUUUAAUGGGAAUAGGUACUGGAGUGGCGAAUUCAACGAUUUAUUUUGCUUACAUGGCAACUUUUUCAUAUGGUAAUAAACUUGUCAAAGACGGAGAUAUGAAAUUUGAUGAAGUGAUCAGAAUUCUUAUCGCUAUUACAUUUGCUACGAUAACUAUUGGUCGUGCAAUAGCUAUGAUUCCCGAUUAUUCAAAAGCACAACAAGCAGCAUUAAGAAUCCUACAACUUGAUCAAAGACAAUCAGAAAUCAAUCCUCAUGAUGAAUCAGGUAUCAUUUUGAAUAAAGUUAUUGGAAAUAUUGAAUUUGAUGAUGUUCAUUUUCGAUAUCCAAGUCGGCCUACUUUUCGCAUCCUUAGAAAUUUCUCAUUAAAAUGUUCAACUGGUCGUACAACAGCACUUGUUGGUCCAUCAGGUAGUGGAAAAUCAACUAUUAUUGGAUUAUUACAACGAUUCUAUGAUCCAUUGAAUGGCAAAGUUUUACUUGAUGGACAUGAUAUAAAAUAUCUUAAUCUUCGAUGGCUUCGAUCAUUAAUGGGUUUUGUUCAACAAGAACCAGUUCUUUUUAAUCUUUCUAUUUAUGAUAAUAUUGCUUAUGGCGAUAAUAGUCGACAAAUAACACAAGAUGAAAUUGAAACUGCAGCACGAAUGGCUAAUAUUCAUGAAUUAAUCAUCUCAUUACCCAAGGGUUAUGAAACAUUAUGCGGAGCAAAAGGUAGCCAAUUAUCAGGUGGACAAAAACAACGAAUUGCUAUUGCUCGAGCAUUAAUUCGUUCACCAAAGAUUCUUCUUCUUGAUGAAGCAACAUCAUCAUUAGAUAGUAAGAGUGAAAAAGUUGUUCAAGCAACAUUAGAUAAAGCAAGAUCUGGUCGAACAUGUUUGACUGUUGCUCAUCGUUUAUCAACAAUUCAAAAUUCAGAAAAUAUUGUUGUUGUUGAUCGAGGCAAAGUGAAAGAACAGGGUACACAUGAUGAACUCUUGAGAUUAAAUGGAAUUUAUACUCAAUUAGCAUCAACGCAAGGAAGAUCGACUUAA